ACGGCACCUACAGCCCCCAUCGGCUUCCCAGAGAGACUCUGUGGCUCUGUUGUGAGCCAUGUUCAGGAGGCAGCUCGUCUGGUGGCACCUGCUGGCUCUGCUUUUCCUCCCAUUUUGCCUGUGUCAAGAUGAAUACAUGGAGGUGAGCGGAAGAGCUAAUAACGCGGUGGCCAGGAUAGUGCAGAGCCACCACCAGCAGACUGGUCGUAGCGGCUCCAGGAGGGAGAAAGUGAGAGAGCGGAGCCACCCUAAAACUGGGACUGUGGAUAAUAACACUUCUACAGACCUAAAACCCAUGAGACCAGAUGAGCUUCCAGACCCUGAGGUAGAGGACCUAGCCCAGAUCAACCCAUUCUGGGGCCAGUCUCCACAAACCGGAGGACUGCCCCCAGACUGCAGCAAGUGUUGUCAUGGAGAUUAUGGAUUCCGUGGUUACCAGGGCCCUCCUGGGCCUCCAGGCCCUCCUGGCAUUCCGGGAAACCAUGGAAACAAUGGAAAUAACGGAGCCACUGGCCAUGAAGGGGCCAAAGGUGAGAAAGGAGACAAAGGAGAUCUGGGGCCUCGAGGGGAGCGGGGGCAGCAUGGCCCCAAAGGAGAGAAGGGCUACCCAGGUGUGCCACCAGAGCUGCAGAUUGCGUUCAUGGCUUCUCUAGCAACUCAUUUCAGCAAUCAGAACAGUGGCAUUAUCUUCAGCAGUGUGGAGACCAACAUCGGAAACUUCUUUGAUGUCAUGACUGGUAGAUUUGGGGCCCCUGUAUCAGGUGUGUACUUCUUCACCUUCAGCAUGAUGAAGCAUGAGGAUGUGGAGGAAGUGUACGUGUACCUUAUGCACAACGGCAACACAGUCUUCAGCAUGUACAGCUAUGAAACGAAGGGGAAAUCAGACACCUCCAGCAACCACGCAGUGCUGAAGCUGGCAAAGGGGGAUGAAGUCUGGCUGAGAAUGGGCAACGGUGCCCUCCACGGGGACCACCAGCGCUUCUCCACCUUCGCAGGCUUCCUGCUCUUUGAAACUAAGUGACAGGAAGGAUAGGAUAGCUCCAAAAGCUCCACUU